CUUUCCCUCGCCAUGAACCAUCAAGCGCUCAUCACAGUGCCAUCGCUCCGCAUAACCAGCCCUUCCACUGCUGCGGCGCGCCACCACCCGAGUAUCGGGUUACCUCGACGAAGCACCGUUCAAACGACGAGGCGUUCAUCCUCCCCUCCCCGACGAAUUCCGGCAGGCCGUGGGACAGGGAACCCGCCCUACCGGUUAAAGACGGCUGACAUGUCCUCCGACGAGAAAGGGUGGCGUUAGACUUCGCACGUGGCAAUUCCCGUUUUGGUCGUGCUUCCCGAGCGCAUCCCGAUGAUCGCUCCUGUCUUCCCGUCCAAGUUGCUCGAUCGGACGCUCGCUGUAACCACACGAGCGUGCAGCGCUAUUCGCGUCACGAAGAUGGCUCGCACUGCGUUUGUUCAGAGUAUGCCGGACUUGUGCGCCCAUCGAACUUGUCGCGUCCCUUCCCUUGGAUGGCGGUCAUUCUGCGCAUGACGUCGCCCGUCUUCCGCCCGCAGCAUCUACACACAGCGGACCUUCAUUUUGCGGUACAUGGCCCCGCAACAGUGUAUCGGAAGAUUCGCGCGACGGUUUGGGAGACCGUCCCUACACACCUACCCAAAGGAACGGUCGUUCUCUGCGCCACUGCCGCCGCAUUAGUUCAAUCGAGUACGCUCGCGAAUCCUCGAGCAGCGUCCAGAAUGCUCCAGGAUCGCCCCGAUGUGGUCGCGUCCGUCAUCGAGUCGUCAAACUGGACGUAUAUGGCAGGCACGACUCCUGGAAAUGAAACUCCCCAAGGUUCAUGGGACCAUCGUACCAUUCUCCCCGGAUCCCGUUAUUGGCGUCCCAAUAUGCCCUGUUCACUUCGCUGAAUUCUGCAAAUUCUUCAACGUCAACAGUCACGCAAUGAAACUGGACCAAACAGUCACGAUAUUUUCCAUAAGUCGGAUAUGAUCUUCCUACGAUCGAACCAAGACCAGACGAUUCGCAAGGUUAAUUAUGUGUGGUCCUCCG